AUGGACCCCCUGAACCUGUCCUGGAUCGACGAGGACCCGGACGGCGGGAACUGGAGCCGGCUGGUCAAUGGGUCCCGGACGGGGGGUGGGGCUGCGGUCUUCAACUACUACGCCAUGCUGCUUACCCUACUCAUCUUCGUCAUCGUCUUCGGCAACGUGCUCGUGUGCAUGGCUGUGUCACGGGAGAAGGCCCUGCAGACGACCACCAACUACCUGAUCGUCAGCCUGGCCGUGGCCGACCUCCUGGUGGCCUCCCUCGUCAUGCCCUGGGUGGUCUACCUGGAGGUGGUGGGCGAAUGGCGGUUCAGUCGGAUCCACUGUGAUAUCUUCGUCACCCUUGAUGUCAUGAUGUGCACAGCCAGCAUCCUCAACCUGUGUGCCAUCAGCAUCGACAGGUACACAGCCGUGGCCAUGCCCAUGCUCUACAACACCCGCUACAGCUCCAAGCGCCGGGUCACCGUCAUGAUCACCGUGGUCUGGGUCCUGUCCUUUGCCAUCUCCUGCCCACUGCUGUUUGGCCUCAACAACACCGCCCAGAAUGAGUGCAUCAUCGCCAACCCAGCCUUCGUGGUGUACUCCUCCGUCGUGUCUUUCUACGUGCCCUUCAUCGUCACGCUCCUCGUCUACGUCCAGAUCUACAUUGUCCUGCGCAAGCGCCGCAAGCGGGUCAACACCAAGCGCACGUGCCUCGGGCUGGAGUCCGACACGCAGGUCCCACUCAAGGACAAGUGUGCCCACCCAGAUGACGUGAAGUUGUGCCCGCUUAUCGCCAAAUCCAACGGGAGCUUCCUGGCCCACAAGAGGAAAGUGGAGGCAGCAGUGGACAUGAUGUCCAGCACCAGCCCACCCGAGAAGACCAAGUACUCACCCGCGGCCCCCAGCACCCUCCCACUGGCCGCCCCCACGCCCUCGCAGCCGGGCGCCCCCUCCACGGGUCCCACCGACAGCCCCCCACGACCACAGAGGAACGGCCUGGCUCGGGGGGCCCCCAGGGUGGCCAAGAUGUUCGAGAUCCAGAACCUGCGCAACGGCAAGAUGCGGACGUCGCUCAAGGCACUGAGCCGGCGGAAAUUGUCCCAGCAGAAGGAGAAGAAGGCCACGCAGAUGCUGGCCAUUGUGCUCGGUGUGUUUGUCAUCUGCUGGCUGCCCUUCUUCAUCACCCACAUCCUGAACAUUCACUGUGACUGCGCCAUCCCCCCCGUGCUCUACAGCGCCUUCACAUGGCUGGGCUACGUCAACAGCGCAGUCAACCCCAUCAUCUACACGACGUUCAACGUCGAGUUCCGCAAGGCCUUCCUGAAGAUCCUGCACUGCUGACCCCCAGCCUGCCCCCCGCCACCGCCCGCUCAGCCAUCCCCUGCUUCCUGGGGGGAGGGGGUUUGUGGUGGGCUGCAGGACUGACCCUCGGGCCUCCCCCCCAGGCCCUCCCCCUGGGUUGGAGCAGCCAGACUGUCCGCAGCUGGGCUGAGGGAGAGGAAUGCUGGGGUCCAUCCCCCCCCCAACCCUGACCCAGCACCUCUUCUCAUUGUCUACUCUUGGAGCAAGGAUGUGGGGCUGGGGAAUUUGUGGGAUUGGAGGAGGGCCUGACUCCCUGCACCCACACCUGCCAGCCCAGAACUGCACAGUCGUUUGUCCUCUCACCUGGUCCUGGGGGCAGGACAGGGAGAAAUGGGCUCAGGUCUGACCCAGGCCCCAGGACCUGCUCCUCCUCCUGCAGUCCAGCCUGGGCAGCCGGCCUCAGGGGAGAGGAAGGGGUCUUAAGAGUUUCCAUCCCUGGGAUGACCCCCCAACCCCUAAGACAUGGCAUUGACCCUUUAACCCCCAGCCUCAGUGUACAGGACUGAGGAUUGGACCACACUGUUGGGGCUUGAGCUAGAGGCCCAUCCUGGCUGCUGCAGGGCUCAGCUCCCUGUGCCCACCCCUGCCAGCCCAGGACUGGGCAGCUGCCUGUCUGUCCAUCUGUCUGAGUCUUUUGUAAGCUCGAUCACUGCACAGACAAUAAAGAG